GGAAAUGCAAGACGUUAAUGACGCCGAGUGUUCUGUGAGAUUAACCUAACAGUUUUAUUGGCUACUCUGAUUACUUUCGGUUACUCGCAUUGCUUUGUACUACGUAACGACGAAGCGGUAAACGUUCGCAUUUUCAGAAAAACGCGGUAAGUGUUUUAACUAAGGCGCAAAUGUGGUUUUUAUUGAGAACAAUUCGACAACUUAACCCCGGAAUCUGAGAACGCCGAUCGUGAAUUUUCACGACUCAACUUUUGAUAAAUAUAAUUCGCCGACAUGGAAGUGGUUGAAGAGAAUGAGCCUAACGUUUUACGGGAGAUAGCGAAUGACGAGGAAUUGGCGCAAAUUCCACAAGAAUUAGUGAGGAAAAUUCAUUCACAUUUCAAUGUGAAAUUUGACGAAUUUAUAACUGCCAAGGCAGUUUUUGAAACUAACCGGAAAAAUCUGGAACAAAAUUUGGAAAAAACACAAAAAGAGUUUGCGGAACAGAAGUUGUAUCUUGAUGAAUACAAAGAGAAAUCAGAAUUAGCAGAAAAGAACAAUGCAGAGUUAUGCAGCAAUCUGGAAGAAGUUAAGAAUGAAGUACACAAAUUACAAGAAUCUGUCAAACGUUUGGAGAAGGAAAAUGGCGACCUACGUAGACAAAGAGAUGCAGUUACGGAUGAGGCAAAUGCAUUGCAGCUUCAAGUUGAAAGGAGAGAUACUGAAGUUGAACGAAUGCGCACUGAAUUAUCCUCCUUAAGCUCUCAGCUUCAAACUGCAAUUGCAACUAAAUGCCAAACUCUAGCUGAGACUGAAGAAAUUCGCAGUCGAGAAAUGACUUUAGACUUCAAGGAGAAACGACUGGAACAAGAACGAGCACUUCUUUCUCAACAAAUGGCAGGCCUUGAAGAAGAACUGAACAAGAGAACCUCUGAAUUGCAGACAUCAAGAUCUGAAGCCUCUGGCAGAGCUCUUUUAAUUGAUACUAAACUGUCCCAACGCGAGGAAGAGCUGCGCAUAGCCAAUGAAGCUAAUUCGCAAUUGAGAAUAUCAAUAUCGUCUCUUCAGCAACAGUGCGACGAAUUAGUUCAGAAAGUGGAACAGCAACGAGCUCAUGAGAUCGCUAUAAAUGAUUCUUAUCAAAAAGAAAUUAAUGCACAGAAGAAUCUAGCCAGUUUAUAUGAAUCCAUGAAAGAUGACGCUAAUGCCAAGGCUGAGGCAAUCUCCAAUGCAGCGAGUGAAUUGCAGAAACUUGUAGAUGGUACUGCAGAAGAAUACGGAAUUUUGGAGACAAAGUACAAUCAAUUAAUGCUCCAACAUAAGCAAGAUAUCGAAGAGAAAGAACAAAACAUAGAGAGCCUAACAAAGGAAUUGGAACACGCUAAUGAAUUGCUGAAGAGUAUCCAACAAGAGAAAUUAGAUCAAGCUGUGGAACAGUUAGCGCCUACAGCAGCCAUAACAAGUCGAGUGCUUCGAAAGGGUUUGAGUCUUACGCAGAUUUACACGAAACAUGUCGAGAUCAGCAAUGAAUUGACUUUGACGCAAGAAGAGAACAAACGCCUGAAAUCUGAAAUGGAAGUGAUACAUCGCGAACUUGAGGAGAGAGCGCCAUUGGUACAGCAACAGCUUCAAGAUUACGAAACGGCUAUGAAUAAUGUGGUAACGCUGACGUCAAGGUUGGACGAACUCCUCGUGGAGAAUCAGCGUCUUCACGAGAGAGCCGAUGAGGCUAACCGUAUAGCCAAGCAUCAUACGCAAGAAAAUCAGAGACUGAAAACUGAACUCGCUGACUUGGCGAGACAAGUGUGUUAUCUUCUCAAAGAAGUCCAAGAAAGUCGCAGUGGUACCCGCGUGGAAAAUAGAAAUUUAUCUUCGUCCAUAGAUACGGACGAUAUCUUGUCAUCGCAAAUCAUCAGCAAGAAGCUGGUGACCUUUAAGGACAUUGAGGAGCUGCAGGAAAAUAAUCAGAAGCUCUUGGCGGUUGUACGCGUGUUAUCAUCCAGGCAGGAAGAGAUCGAACGUGCCACCGAUGAGAUAAAUUCUGGCGAGAUGAAGGAAAAAUUGGAUCGUUACAUGGAGCAGCUAUCGGAGAUGCAGGUUUCGCAGGACAGGCAGUCGAAAAUGUUGGAUGGUCUUUUGAAGCAAAGGGACAUGUACAAGAAUAUGUACCAACAGAUCUUGAAGAACUCUGAGAAGAAGAAGGAUGAAACGGAAAAUGAUAUGGAGGAAGGCACAUCUAAAGCAGAGGAAGAAUCGAAGACCACGAAAAGCAAUCAGGAAAAGGAGGAGUGGUCGAAAAAGUUGAAGUUAGUCGAGGACAAACUCAAACAUGUCUCGGAUGAAUACGAGAUGUACCGAAAGGAGCGGACUGCGCACGAGAAGAUGUUGGGCGAGGAGGUGGAGAGACUCAGAAAGGAAGCGGAAGCAAAUUCAGCGAGAUGUUGCAGACUGAGAGCACAACUGGACUCUGCGAACGAGAGAUUUACACUCUUGCAAGGCAACGUCGCUUCUUACAAGACUCAAAUCAAGACUCUGGAAGAGAAGUGCACCAAUUACAAUGUCACCAUCGGUAAGCACGAGCAGAGCAUUAUGAUCCUGAAAGAUGAGACGCUCGGCGCGCAGACUCGCUUGUCACGUGCUGAAGUUCAAUUGGAGAAUGUACGGCAAGAAUGCCGAAUUCUGCGAGAUUCCGAAGGACGGCUGCUGAAGGAACGGGAAGUUUAUCAGAGGGAAAGACAGACUCAAUCUCUGCUCAAAGCGGAUAUGGAAUCUAUCAAAGCCAGUUUGGAACGCGUCCAGGCUGAAGGACAGCUCAGGACCGAGCAGAGACUCGACGACGCUAACAGAGAGUGCGCCGCGCUUCGGCGUCGUCUUCAAGAAGAACAGGAUCGCUUUAGAGAAUUGACUUCACAUCAGGAGAGACAAUUGGUAAUCUUACAAGACAGAUUGAAGGAAGAACGCGAAGUGAGCGAGAAGAUAAAGGCACAGUUAGAUCAAGCGCGAGAAACUGAGGCUCAAAGCAGUCAAAAAGUCGACGAACUAAGCAACAAAUUGAGACAGGCAGCCGCCCAUUCCAUCUCUAAGCCUUUGACAGGAGAUGAGGGUCUUGUGAAGAGAGUGAAGGAGCUGGAGAUACAGUUGAAUACUUAUCAAGUAGAAGUGAAGUCGCUCUCUGAACAACUGAAAGCAGCUAGACAACAAAAUCAACAAUACUGCGAUAUCGCCGAGAGCGCAGAGACGCAAUUGAGAGAAUUGACCGCGGAGUAUAACAAGUGCAAAGAGGAGUUGGAGAACGCCCUGAAGGAAUCGCGCGUAGAGAUUAUUUCGCUGCAAAAGAAAGUGAAGGAUCUGAGCAACGAUCUGGCAAGAAUAUCGAAUGGUAGGCAGGAAACCGAUUCAGAGCUAAGAGAGAGGCUGGCCGAGGCUGAGAGGAAGGUCGAGGAGCUGGACGAGUUGAAGGGCGAGCUGGAGUUGUUGAAGAGCGAUCUGAAAUCUGUCUCCAUCACGGCCAAAGAAACAGAAGAGAAAUACGCGAGGGAAAUGAUGCAGCAUUCGUCCGAUUUGCAGCUUCUCGCCAAACUGAAGGAAGAAGCUCAGCAAGUUCAACAGCGUAUUAGUGUUUUGACUCAAGAGCGGAAUGCAGCGUUGGAAGCUUUGAAGAUUGAGAAAUCUGCUUCUAAAGAAAGAGAACAGAAAUUAACGAAUGAGAUCGAAGAGACGCAGAAAAGAGUCGUGGAUCUGGACUCGCAAAAUACACUUCUGCAUAAUCAAAUCCAGGAAUUGGGCGACCGAGUCGCCAUUAUACAGAGUCAGCAGACCAAGAUAAGUGGAAGAGAGAGCCCCGAUACCAGCCUGGAAGCUCUGAAUAAGAGUUUCAGCUCUCUGGAGGAAGACUCCAAGUCAGUGGAACAGUUGUUGAGAGUCAUGAAGUACUUGCGAAGGGAGAAAGAUCUGGCGAUGGCGAAAUCCGACGUUCUACGAGCGGAAAAUCUCAGAUUGAAGUCACAGGCCGAGAUGGCAGAGAAACGGCUGAAAGAAUCUGAAACCUUGCUGAAUUCUGAACGAGAAAAGUCCGAAAUCGACGUAAUGACGACGUCCAAGCACGCAGAACUACUGCGUAAAGUGGAGACUUUGAAUGCUAUCACGGAUUCUAACCGUAUUCUCAGGGAGGAAAGAGACAGUUUGAGUGCCAAGGUGAACGAGCUCAUGGCAAAAGUGAAUGCUUUAUCGGAGGAAGUGGUGCCUCUUCGCGAUAUAUCUAGAGACUUGACGGCGAAAACUGAAGCUUUGGCGGAAGAAAACACCAGCUUGAAGGGCGAGGCGACCAGGUGGAGACAGAGAGCGAAUACGUUAUUAGAGAGAGCGAAUAAGGCCAGCCCCGAGGAUUGGCGGCGACUACAGACCGAAAGAGAGAAUCUCAGCAAAUUGUUGACGUCAGAAAGGGAGACUCAUGCGAAGAGAAGUGAAGAAUUUAAUCAAACGAAGAUGGAGAAGUCGAAACUCGAAGAGCAAUUGGGACAAAUGCAAAAACAAAUACAAACUCUGGACGAGCAGAUGUUACGCUCGUCUGAAGAGGUCCGCAAACUUGGCCAAGAGCUCAACGAUGCAUUAGCAGAUUCCUCUUCGAAGGCGAAAGAUCUGGUUUUGCUCAGAAAGGAACUAAGCGACAAGGAAGCCGUUCUUAACGACAUUAGAAACAAGGAAAUUCAAAUUCGCAAAAUAGCCAAAAAAUACAAAACGCAGUUCGAGGAACUUGCGAGAACCGUCGAGGAAGAAAAGAAUCGUAACGAAGAAGCCCGAAAUGAGGACACCUCUGGCGCGGCCGCGCAAGAGCGCGAGGAUCAAUUGCGAGAGGAAGGCCGCCAAGAACUGCGACAAAUGAACGUCGAACUCACGACAAAGAUGGAUGAAUUAACUCGCCAGAUGGCAGCGAAUCAGAGCGAAACCGACAAUCUGAGAAAGGAGAUCGAAGCUAUAAAUCGCAGUAGCAUAGAGAAAGAAGAGAGAGCGAAGCAGGUUCUCAAAGGCGCUAGGACGAAAAUCAUGCAGUUGACAGAAUCGAAGAAGAUCUGCGAGAAGGAGUUGUUAGAUUUGAAAUCUAGAAUAGAAUCUGGAGCUGGGAGCGCGGGGAUAUCAGGCGAUCCCGAGACAGAGCAUGAUGCGCGUCUAGUGGCGCUAAAAUCGCAGAUGGAAGGUCGCAUCUCUCGGCUGGAGCACGAAAAGUCGGAGAUACAGGCGGAGAAGGAGGCGCUUUUACAACGGGUUACUCAACUCCAGAGACAAUUGUCAGGCGUGAGUGGAGUAAGCGCGACCACGGAGCCGCCGACGGCGAAUAUCAAGCCGAUGUCGGCUAGAACGGAUACACCUUUGGCGAGUAUCCGGCCAAUGAGCGUAGUGGUGCAAUCACGAACGGCAGCUGUAUUGCCCACUACAGCUGGUGCGCCGGUCAUGGUUGCACCACAUCAGAUGCAGCAGCAACAGCAACAGAUAGUACAUACUACGGAAACGAGCUCGCCGACUAGCAGUCUGACGGACUUUCAGCCGGCGAGUACCAGCAGUUCUUCGCAGAGCGCACAGACUCUCCGCCAGUUGGUGGUGCAACCGCAAUUAAGCGAGUCGGCUGAAUCGACGCAAAGGGAAGAUCCGGAAAGCGCAGAAUCGCUCAAUGUACAACCGCAGCAGCAACAGUGCCAGCAACAGCAGCAGCAACAGCAGCAGCAGCAAACUGUAGCGUUGGUGAGCCCCAGAGUGGAACAGCAGCAGCAACAGCAGCAGCAGGUUGUCGUCAGCGAUCAACAACAGACGGUAGCGAGCAGCUCCACACAAUCAGUUAGCACAUCUCAAGCGUCCAUAAGUCUCAAAGGUCGAGUUCUAGACUCGACUGCUUCUGGUUCUGGAAUGAUUGAGGGAGUGGACCACGGACGCCAAGAACAGGCGCAGAGUCCGAAGACCAAGAGAAGCAGGCAGGAUAUCAGCGCGACCGCGAGUGCUAGCGUCUCCGACGUGGAGUAUCAGGUUCCUACAUCAAGCCAGAGAGAUCAAGACGAGGAAAUGGAAGAAGGUUGCGUGGUGGUCGUAGAUUGUGACGAAGGUGAAGGUGGAGGCAACCACCAAGCUCAAGAAGAGGAGGAAUUCGACAAUGAUCCGUACGAGAUGGAGGAGGAGGAAGAGGAGCCUUACGAAGUCGAAGUGGAAGUCGAACGAGACAAUAACGAGGUGGAGAUUAUUAUGGAGGAGGAUUCCACCAGUGUCGAGGUGCCGAGGCAAGGCCAAGCAGUCAUGCCUACCAAUCAGCAACAGUCCGAAGCCAUCAGCAGCGCUGGGCCGACCGGCGAGCCUCAAACGUCUUUCACGACGAGAUCGUCGAGAGUGAUUGCGCCGAUGCCCAGACAGCAACAGCAGCAACAUCUUCUUCUGCCACAGAGUUACGAAGAUGGCGGCGAUGACUGCAUUGUACCGAGCACGCCUACUCUGUUUGUUCCUCGCCGCGAUGGCUUCGGCGAAGCUGUGAGUUCUCCGCAAGUUCCGCAGGCUCGUUUCACUUUCGGAGAUUCGUCGGCGCCUACAACAGCCUCGUCGACGCCGUCUUUAACGACGCCCACAGGUUCCACUACAAGAACCAUCUUCGGUUCUUCAUCGAAUUCUGCAGUGCCUCAGGUGGUCCAGGAAAGCCUAGAUGAUAGUAGAAUGGACCUGGUGCAAAUGGAAGAAGGUGGCACUGGUCGUAGCGUGCCCACUACACCGCUCCAGGUGUCUCCAGCUGCAGAUUUACCACCAUCGACUAGUAGUGGCCAAGUCGAAGAACAAGAAACCAGCGUAUCCGUCGCGCCCGUUUCUGUGACAGUCACUUCCGGUGACAAUGUCGAAGAAGUCAGCAUUCCGAAUAUUCGCAUCGUGGGUACUGAUGAUCAGCAACGCGGUCCAAUCGAAGCCACGGAAUCUAGCACAACACCAAGCGAAGGAGUGAGUUCAGAGGGUGAAAAACGAUCAGAAGAAUCGGUGACCGAGGAUGAUAGCGUGGAUACAGUGGAAGUGGCGGAAGAAGCAGGAAGCGAACUCGUCGAAGACGAAGUCGAGGAAGAGAGUCGCGAGGCAGAGGCAUCGCCGUCUAGCAAUACUCGCCAGAGAACGAUGGCGGCCAACCUGGCGGCCAGCAUGACGAAUGCGGGUGAAUCUAACAACGCCAGGGGAGCGACGCUGAGAAGAUCGCCGAGGUCGCCGUUCAGGGCAGCGAGAGGUGCGAGACCUACGCCGAUUGUAUGGGGAGAAGGCCAAUCCGGUAGAGGACAAGCCGUGAUGCGAGGGCACACGACAAGAGGGACCACAAGCGAAGGAGGACGAGGACGAGGAACGCGCGGCCGACGAAUGCGUUCAAAAUAUCCUUAUGGUCGAUAUUCGUAAUAUCGCAUAUCGACUAUGUUUCUUAUUUUGUACGCCUUUUAUUCGGCAGAUAUUCUGUGUAGAUUAUACCGUCGAUUCCUGUUAAGUAAGUAAAGAGAACUUUAAUGAAACUGAUUUUUCACUUUUUUCUGGAAAAAAUAUGCAGGAAUUACAUAGAUAUAUAUUUAUAUUAAUUUUGUUCAUGUAUCUCUUUUAAGUAAGGUUUUUUAUUUAAGAACUUCUGGAAAUGAUGGAGUGUCUGAUGUUUGUAAAGGUUUAAAGAUUGAAAAACUUUGCAGAGGUUUUGUUACUUUUAGCUUCUAAGAAAUAAAUUCCAUAAUUAUGAAAUAAAGUUAAGUUCCUAUUUU